AUUGUUCCCUAGAACGAACGCCCUGCCCUCCCCUUUGCAGCAGAGGCCAGGCAAAAGCGCGCGCUUUCUGUGCCACUGGCUUCAAUCAGGUCCACCAAACGCAGAUAAUAAGAGCACCCGAGCACCGAAAAUUACGUCAUUAAUUCACUUGAACUCAGCUAGCGAACACACGAUGUCUGGAAGAGGUAAAGGCGGCAAGGGACUCGGAAAAGGAGGCGCUAAGCGUCACCGUAAGGUUCUCCGCGAUAACAUCCAGGGAAUCACCAAGCCCGCCAUUCGCCGUCUGGCUCGCCGUGGCGGCGUGAAGCGUAUCUCCGGGCUGAUCUACGAGGAGACCCGCGGUGUCCUGAAGGUGUUCCUUGAGAACGUGAUCCGUGACGCCGUCACCUACACCGAGCACGCCAAGAGGAAGACCGUUACGGCCAUGGACGUGGUCUACGCUCUGAAACGCCAGGGACGCACCCUGUACGGUUUCGGCGGUUAAACGCACUCUUCUCGGAACGUCAACAUCCCGACUUGAACCCAAAGGCUCUUUUAAGAGCCAC